CGGUAUUUUUGUAACUGUUUGCAUAUAUCACGCGGAGACGUAGAUUGAACCACGUUUUCGGAAUUGUUCAUUAUACUACGGAUGUAACUUCAUCAGUUGAAAAUGCAACCAAGUGAUAGUCAAGGAGAUUUAAUUCCCAAGUCCUCAAACCAUGCAUGGGCUUUCCCGGUGGUUAUUACUAUUGUAUCCGCCCUCGGUGGCUUUCUUUUUGGUUAUGAUACUGGUGUCAUAUCCGGUGCCAUGAUUCAACUGAGAGAAUAUUUCAACCUAUCGUAUCAGUACCAAGAAAUAAUUGUUUGUACUAUUACACUGUAUAUUUAUUAUAAGUUGUAGGUCAGUAUAUCAUUAUUUGCUGCUGCGAUAGCAUGUCCAGUUAGUGCUUUUCUCAGCGAUCGUAUUGGUCGCAAAGCUGUUAUAUUAAUAGCAAGUGUCGUAUUUACUGUUGGAGCAGUAGUGAUGGGAGCCUCAUAUAGUAAGAUUUGUUUGCUAGUUGGUCGUUUGAUAGUUGGACUGGGAAUUGGAAUGGCGUCAAUGUCAGUCCCUGUAUAUAUUGCAGAAAUAGCGCCUAACCAUAUGCGCGGAGCAUUGGUAACGCUGAACACAGUGUUUAUUACAGCUGGACAAGUAAUCGCAGCAAUUGUUGAUGCUAUCUUUAUUUCGGAUGAAGUCAAUGGGUGGAGGUAUAUGUUAGGGAUUGGAGGCGUUCCGUCAUUUAUUCAACUAUUUGCAUUUAUUUUUAUGCCUGAGAGCCCUCGCUGGUUGGUCCAGCGUGGUCAAAUUUCAAAAGCUCGUGCCACUCUCCAGCGUAUCUACGGAGCAUCUGCUGCGACACCACAAAUAGAAGGUGAAAUUCAACGAAUGAUCGAAGCUUCAUCCAACGUUCAAGUGUGUGAAACCCCUCAAACAUCCCCUGAUAUUGAUCCUAACGUCUGUAUGGGGAGUUUUAGUGGGGGUAAUUCAUCUGUCAGUGAAAAUACACUAUCACAAAAUGUACUGAACAAAUCUGAUGACCAUAUAAUAAAAGGGACAGAGCCAAAUAGAUUCUGGUCACAGUUAACGCUAGUUCGUAUGUUGCGUUUCAAACCAACUAGACGCGCCUUAUUUAUUGGUUGCAGUUUGCAAAUGUUCCAGCAAUUCGUUGGAAUCAAUACUGUGAUGUACUAUAGUGCUGAAAUCUUGUCUAUGGCUGGUAUCGGUGGGACUGGCAGUAGUAAGAAGGAAGGAAACAUGAAAAUUGCCUGGCUAACUGCCCUAGUUGCAUCUACUAACUUUCUGUUUAGUUUGGGAGCUCCAUGGAUUGUUGGUCGUUUUAAAAGACGUCUUGUAUUCUAUUGUAGUUUAACAGGUGUGUUUAUAAGCCUGAUUAUUUUGGCUGUUAGUUUCCAGUUAAUUGCAUCUUAUUCUGCGCAUGUAUCGGUUAUCGAAACAAUUCCUUUGGAGAACAUCUAUGCUUCGUGUCUAAAUGCAAAGACAUGUGAUAUGUGUAUUCAACAGAAAAGCUGCGGAUUUUGUUAUGAAACGUAUUUAUCCGGUCAGACAAAAGUUCCAGUGAAUGGUUCUUGUCUUCCAUCACCUAAAGAAUUUUCCCCAUUUUCUACUUAUGGCCGAUGUUCUGAGAAGUCUAUGGAAAAAGAACAUGUUAAUUGGGCAUUCGAUCACUGUCCUAAUCCAUACGGUUGGAUGACACUCUUCGGCCUAAUACUGUAUCUCGCUUCAUUUGCUCCUGGCAUGUCACCAUUACCGUGGACUAUAAACGCUGAGAUUUACCCGUCUUGGGCUCGUAGCACAGGUGUGGCUACUGCAACAGCAUUCAAUUGGAUCGCUAAUUUGAUCGUCAGUUUUACAUUCCUUUCUCUCACUAGUUCGAUCACUCGACAAGGCGCUUACUUCUUGUAUGCUGGUGUCUCUGUGCUGGCAAUUAUAUUUGUCUGGAGAUUUGUACCGGAACAUGGUAAUCAGUCUCUUGAAGAGAUUGAAAUCACCUUGGGACGCUCUUAGAUCUUCGAUAUAAUUGAUUGCGCAUUGAUUUGAUAAUUGAUACUUGUAGAAUUGACCUGUGAUUUUUGUCAUCCAUAUUCUGUUCAUAGAUUAUUAUUUUUUUCUUUAAACGG